AAAGUAAGUUUUGUGGGUUUUUUCGUCCUCUCGCGAGAAUGAACUAGUAGAAGUCUUGAGAGGGUGACCGGAAAAAUCAUUGCGGAGAUUAACGCUUUUUCCUGAAUCCCAGCGGGAUCUGUUAGAUCUGUAAAUUGGGACGUAAGCUUGGAAGGUGUUUGCUAGAGUAAACUACCACAAUACAUCUUAAGGUGUUUGCAUAUUCUUGCCUCAGGUCGCGGACACUGUAAACUAAGGAAAUCAACAACUCUCACCGCUGAACCAGGAGCUUCCCUGGAUCCAUGCACAUACUUCAGUGGAUUUACCAUCUUAUUUAUUCUCCCUCUUACCACUCACACUGUACCAUCUGUUAUGGUCAUCUUGAAGAACCAAAGAGAAAAACUGCUCAAGGAGAAAAUUGGGUCAUGAAAGAUCUGAAAAGAUGCAAAGUCUCCAUAUAACUUAUUCAGAUCUAGAGGCUUUUACAGUGGAGGUCUUUUUGACUCACUGACCAUUCUUGGCAUUCGUUUGCCUUCCGAACUAUGAUCCGGCGUGGUUUGGAAGCCCCAAUUUAAUAAUUUCCGACCUAAGUGCAAGGUUACAUUCCAAUGUAUUAGAUUCAGGAACUCCGUUCUCCGCCCUCUUCCCUUGAGCAUAUAUUCUGCCAACGCAGAAGGUGCCUCACUCGUUCUACAGGCAGCAAGACUAGCCGCACUUUAGGAAUACGGCUAAAUCAUCACCCUUUGCCACCUAAAGUAGGGGUGGGUGGGAACUAGUUGUCACUUUAAGAAUAGGCUAAGACUGAAGCUGCGGAGUGUCGCGAGAACUAUAGCCAGCGACUUCUCGCGAUGUUUGGUCCGGCAAAGGGUGGCCAUUUUGGAGUCCCGCGGGAGGCUGGUUUCCCCGGCGGCGUCUCCCAACGUGCUGCGGGGACCAAAGCUGGGUCCACGGGUGUCUGGCCUAUGGGCGGCCAGAGCGACACGAUGUGGCGGCUCCGCUGCAAGGCCAAGGAUGGCACACAUGUUUUGCAGGGAUUGUCCAGCCGUACCCGGGUGCGGGAACUCCAGGGCCAAAUUGCCGCCAUCACCGGGAUUGCCCCCGAUUGUCAGCGCAUCCUUGUCGGAUACCCACCCGAGUGCCUGGAUCUCAGCGAAGGGGAUACCAUUCUGGGGGACUUGCCCAUCCAGUCAGGCGACAUGCUGAUCGUUGAAGAAGACCAAACCAGACCCAAAACAUCACCUGCAUUUACAAAACAUGGUGCUCCUAGUUACGUCAGGGAACCUUUGCCUGUGCUUACCAGAACAACGGUCCCAGCAGACAACUCUUGCCUCUUUACCAGUGUGUACUAUGUUGUUGAAGGAGGAGUCUUGAAUCCAGCUUGUGCCCCGGAGAUGAGACGCCUCAUAGCACAAAUCGUAGCAAGUGAUCCAGACUUCUAUAGUGAGGCAAUACUGGGAAAAACAAAUCAAGAGUACUGUGACUGGAUCAAAAGGGAUGAUACUUGGGGUGGAGCUAUUGAGAUAUCCAUUUUGUCUAAAUUUUAUCAAUGCGAAAUAUGUGUAGUGGAUACACAGACCGUAAGAAUUGAUCGUUUUGGGGAAGAUGCAGGAUACACCAAACGGGUCCUGCUUAUAUAUGAUGGCAUCCACUAUGAUCCACUUCAGCGUGUCUUCCCUGACCCAGACACCCCUCCUCUGACCAUUUUCUCCUCUAAUGAUGAUAUUGUUCUUGUACAAGCACUGGAAUUAGCAGAUGAAGCUAGAAGCAAGAGACAAUUUACUGAUGUCAACCGCUUCACCCUGAGAUGCAUGGUAUGUCAGAAGGGAUUAACUGGACAAGCAGAAGCAAGGGACCAUGCCAAGGAGACAGGCCAUACCAACUUUGGAGAAGUGUGAUCCAUGCAUGAUGAGGAUUGAAGCCUACUACCUCACAGAUCCAGAAGGCUCUGGGUUUUCCAAUAAGCUAUUCGUAACCCUCAAGAGUAAAAGGACACAAUGCUUGAACCAUCAUUUUAACCUAAAACCACUAAGACACUGAAUUCCUUGUUAAGAUUAAAAUUAGUGUGCAAGUUUACAGAUGUGCGUCUACAGUGGUGAUCCAUGCCCUCUUUCUGCUGGGGUGACAGAAUAGGUGGUCCUUGCUACCUACUGACACUAACCUGAAGAUUGAGUUUUAGUAUUAUAAAUUAGCACCCAGCGGCAUUAACUGGGAGAAGAAAACAGCAUCAUAUUUGGGGUAAUGUAAAAGGCCUCAGGGAGGCCACUGGACAUAAACCACAGUGUCUCCGGUAAUUGAGUCCUUUUAAAAAUUCGGAAUGAGUUAACGUUACUAAAUUAUGAAUAGAUUCCUCUAAUGAAGAUGCUCAGAAUUGUCAAAACUGAUUUUAUAUUGCAAUUUGGUAGACUUUAUAAAUGUGUACUUCAUUGUAUGCAAAGUCCAUAACAAGCAAUUUUUACAGGGAUCAGUCUACUCCUUGAGAAUGUUAUUUAAAAAUAGGAACUGAUAGUGCCCAAUUUAGGAUUUCUAGUGUAUAAAAGUAGAAUGUAUGAGGGAAAAGGUGCCUGAGCAGCUUACUGAAGCUUUAAAAGACCAUUGGCCUCAUUGUUUUAAUGCUAUUCAUUUAUUCAUCUUUGUCACAUGGGAUAAAACUUUAAAAUUAAGUAGGAUAUGUUUUUUUAAAUUGAGGUUUCUUGAGGUUUGAGUGCUCGGUUUUUGCUCUUUUACCUAAAGGUUUGCCUGGAGGGAUUUAAUUUUCUCAGCUUUUUGUUAAGAUCACUUCCUCUGGCUCCUUAAAAAAAUUUUUAUCUUAAGUAAUAGUGCCAUGCUUUGGUUUGGCUGUUGUGAGAUCUUUGACUUACCUAAACAGUGUUUGUUUUCAUGCUAACCUUAUCCCACCACUAAUGCUUUUAAAUGAUUUCCCAUUUCUGCAAAUUAGCACUUUGUUUAUCCACAAUCUUUGUCUUUUGCAGAAGUUUAAAGUAGUUGGGAUGACAAUAUUGAGUGAAUUUGCUUCACUUCCACAAUAUGACAGGUUUUAAGUCUUUGCCUUAUUCAGCUGUCUCCUUUCUAGUAUUAGAUGUAGAGCCAUUUGCUUGGUGGGCUGAUCCACAAGGCACACCCUCUAAAACUUAGGUUCACUAUGAGAUCUUCCAGAUAAAAGUUUUCUACCUCUUAAUUCUUCUGAAGAUCAGGGAUGCUAAAUUAUAAUUCAUUAUAUAUUAUCUCACAUAAUGUGAAGAAGCUUAAUGUUGUGAAGUUUUGUUACCUUGGUCUUGUUUUUGAUUAAAUAUCUCACUUAGAAAACCAAUGGUAUACCUUAGAGCACCUGUAUCUUUUCUUUUAGCUUAUCUUCUUGGCAAAUGUUUUAAAAUUGAGAUUUACUUGUAGCACUUUGCCUUGAUGGAGGUGGCCAUGUAAAAUUAAGGGGGGAAAAAGAUAAAAUAAAAUCAAGGAACAUGUAAACAAUUUAGGGGGAAAGUACCUUUAAAGAACAAUUCACAAAGUAUGCUUGAAAUCACUGGAUGACACUUCUUAAGUACCUUUUGCGUGAAUAACUCUUUUAGGCAUUAUGAGUUGUUUUGGUCAGUAUAACUUUAAUUUUCUAUUUUACUGAGCCUUAAAAAUAGUACUUGUGAGCUUCCAGUAUUUAUGUUUGGCAAUCAUAAUAUGUACAAAUGAAUAUGAUUGAAAAUCUCUUUGUAUCUGACUGUCAUCUGGUCUAAAAGGAUUUUGUAUCUCUUAUUUCCCCCAGAAAACACUAAAUUUAAAGCUGAAGUUAGGAGUGUACCACUGUGUAACACCCAUCAAAUUGAGCUUUAUAUGUCAUUACUCAUAAACCUUGCCUUCCUUUCCUAAGUAUUUCAGGGGCCAAACUUAAUAUUUGCUUACUGGAAUUUUACAGAAGUCUAUUCAUACAGCAGAUAUUUAUUGAGUACUUUAUAAUGUACCAGGUAUGCAUUGAUGUGUUGCCCAACAUAAAUUCUGUCACUUUAGAAUUGAGUAUACAUUAUCUACAUUUGAUUUUAAUUUAACAAAUGGAAAGAAAUAGAACGUUAUAUUUUAUAAAAUUAAACCCAUCAUUUUAAGUGCUUUUGUUUGCAUAUUUAAGCUUAUGCUUUUAUAGCAAGUGUCAGAUAUUUAUUCAGGGGAUCUUAUUCUAUUUUACCUUUUAACUGGGUUGUGCAUUUCUCAGUUGGACACUGAUAGAUUGCUCUCAAUAAUGGCUUUUUAAAUUAGCUGCUGAAACUCUGCACUGGGACUUUAAUGAUCUGAUCAUGAGAAAUUCAAGAUAAAGUACUGUUUGCAGACUGUUUGAUUUAAUUAUUGAGGAUUAAAGACCUAAACUUGUACUUGCUCUGAACUCAAGCUUGUAAGCCUCACAGAACUUUAAGAUUUUUUUCUUUUUCUUUUUUUUUUUUUUUUUUUUUCUCUUUGGCUUUUUAGGGCCGUUCCCAGGCUAGGGGUCCAAUCAGAGCUAUAGCUGCUGGCCAACACCAUAGCCACAGCAAUGCGGGAUCCGAGUCACAUCUGCCACCUACAUAUACCACGGCUCACGGUAAUGCCAGAUCCCCAACCCACUGAGCAAGGCCAGGAGAACCUGCAUCCUCAUGGAUACUAGUCACAUUCACUUCUGCUGUGCCACACAGGAACUCCCUUAAAGAUUUUUUUUAAUUGCACUUAUUAAACUCUUGGAAAAAUCUUGCCGCAGGUUUAAAAGAAACCUUAAAUUUGCACUUGAGCGGAAUGAAACCCAUCUUCCCAUUCAUUCAGUUUUUGACUGCCGUACAAGAAUUUUUUUUAUUAAAAUGAGUAUAGUUUACAUUAUUGUGCUCUCCUAUCUCCCACUCCUUCUUUUCCUUACUCUACUUUCCCUCACUCUUCUUUUCCUUACUCUUCUUUGGACUUAAAGAAGAUGAGAUGUAGGGCUGUUAAGAUGCUCUUCUAGAUAGAGUGAUUUCAGAAGUUAAAAUUAGUAUCUCUGGGAAUUUUGUGAUGUGAUAGCCAUGUGAAGACAGCAGUGUGGUACAUCUGUUAGUGGUUCAUGGUUAUUUCCCAUGAAUGUUUAAUAGGCACAGUCAAGUGGUACCCUUGAAAGUUUGGGGGCUGAUCAGCUUGACCCUGUUGGCAAAAGCUGGUAUAGUCAUGCCAUUUGAUUAUCCCAUAAAGUAGUUCAAGAUCCAGCAAAAUCGUAAUCAGGAAUGAAUUAACAUAUUACUACUCCAUACGUGCCCCUAAAUGCCCAUGUUCACCUUGCAUAUCUAGCUUAUUCUUUCUAUCUUAUGUAGGCAUUAAAACAUGAAUGUUGCAGAGUUCUCUUGUGGCGCAGUGAGUUGAGGAUCUGGCAUUGUUACUGCAGCAGCUUGGGUCACUGCUGUCACUGGUUCAGUCCCAAGCCCAGGAACUUCCACGUGCCAUGGGCACAGCGAAAAAAAUGAAUGUUCAUGUUGCCCUAACUGAACAGUUUUCUGUCUUUUUUGAAAAAAUUAGAGAGUAUACAUGAUGAGCAGCAGCAUGAUUUUUUUUCUUUAUGAAUCAAAUGGCCUUCCUAAACGUUGAUGUAUUAAGAUUUUUAUGUUCUUUCAUGUGUUGAGAACACACAUUUAUUAUUAUUUGCUGCACUUUAAAAAUAUGAAAUGAAAGUUUACAUGUAAGCCCUCUCCAGGGGUCUUGUCAAAGAUGUUAAAAUACAAUUCUUCAGCUCCCAACAAUUAGCUCUUCUUAACAGUUACCAUCAGUGUAUAAUGUAUCCAGUGGCACAACAUUCUGGUGUUUUGUUAACAGAAGAACUGGAUUUCAGGAACUGUUAGGAGCAUGCUCUGUGCCCUGGCAUUCAAAAUGUUACUUAUUUCUAUAAUGUGAUUGUUCUUUAUUAUUCAUUGUACAAUGCAGUAUUCAAGUAUUUGUCCUUGUAGCACAAAGAUGACUACUACAGCUUUGAAAAGAUUAGAGUCCUCAAACUCUUCAUUUGUUUCUGAGCAACUUAUUUUAAAGGAGCUGAUUUUUGAGUCUGAGGCCUUGAAAGUUAUGUAUAAGCAACAUCAUUUUUAAGUCUAAGGUGAAACACUUGUUUUGAAUAAGCUAGUUUAUUAACUAAAGAUGUUUUCUUACUGUUAGAUAAUAAAUGCGUUAUUUCAACAAAUUUCAUCGAACUUAAAAAGAUUAUACGAUUUCCCCAAGUGUGGAAAAUAAUUUUUUUUUUUUCUCCAAAACUUAGCUGAUAUUUUGUUUACAGUGCUUUGGAUAUUUGACUUUGAAGAAAUGAUGUUACUCUGGAAUUGUGGGGUGCUGAUUUAGGUCUUGGUUUAUAGAAUUUAAAGGAAAUUGAUAGUCCUCCCAUGCUGUUUUAGAGUAAAGGGAGAAAGAGGCAGAAAGAUAAAGUACCAUAUAAAGAGAGAUCCUUAAGUGAAUGCAUUCCUAGUCCUGAAUUAGGCUUUUCAGAAAAUAUCUCAAGCAAUGCCUUUGUGUCACCAUAACCUUCCUCCCCCAUUUCUUGGCAUAGAAUGUAGCAAGGCCAUAACUGAAAAGCUCGUCAGUAAAGUAUAAAACCCUAAAUAAGCAUUUUGCUAUGAUGCCUUUUUAUACUUGUUUUUAAAAAUACAAACCUACAUUUAGGAGUUUAGGGUUAGUAAAGAUAUGAUAGUAAGUUGUAGGUAAACAGGUUAACCUAAAAAAAAAGGUUUACAGUUUCUACUGAGAUUACAUGAGCCUGACUAUAACUGGUAAUAGGAUUUGUAUUAGUUGUAGCCUGUAAGUUAAUUAAAAGGACCAGGGCACCUAAUUCUUGUCAGUUCUCCAGUUCACCUUGGUGCCAUUCAUGAUAUAAGCUGUUUACAGGAAAUAUAAUUUCUGUAGCAAAGUGUAAUUCUUUUUCCUUUAAAAAGAUACUAAGUUUAAAAUACAGCUUGUCAAAAGGAACAGAGAAUAACAGUUUCCUAUAUUUCCUGUAUAAAUGCAUUCGAGGUUGAAAUUCCUAAACACAAGAAGAAACCCAUAAAAUUGUAAAAUUUAGAGCUUUAAAAUAUGACUUGAAAAGUAGCAGGAAAGGGUAAAGCAGAACAAAGUCCUGUUUCCUUUGGCAUAAGAAUUUUUUUUUUCUUAAUGAAGAUGGAAAAUGCUUUCUUGUUUUAAAAAUAUUUUGUCUACUUGCCAGCAUUUUUUUUUUUUUAAGUUAAUGCACUGUUGCUACCUGGGAAAUGUCUAAUUUUCAUUUUGUAUACCUCUUAUGUGAUUUUGCCUUUAUCAUUAAGAUGCAUUGAUUUUAUUUAUGAGAUGUAUAAUUCUAAGUACUUAAAUGAAUGAAGUGACUUGUUUUGAAGGAAUAAAUGAAGUGAAAAUA